UGCCGCCACCCGGGGUCAGCUGCACACAAGUGCUUGGCGGAGGAGAAGUUUGGCCGGUCUCUCGCAAGCGCUCGGCGAGCGGCUGGUCGUGACGUGACGUGGGCCACGACCGUCACCUGGCGCGAUGCGGCUCUACCGGCUGGCGGCGGCGGUGCUGGCGCUGGGUCUGCUGGCGGGCGCUGAGCCGUUCCCGCCGUCCCGUUCCGGACUGAGCUUCGACCCGAGCCUGGUCGACAGCCGGCGGCCGCCGCCGCGGCAGGGCCGGGAUGCCAACAGCAACCUGGCCUUCCUCGGCUUCAUCAUGGCACUGCUGGACACCGUCAUCAAUAUCGUCUCAAUGAUCAACAACAACAAUAAUAACAACAAUAACAAUGAUAACAACAACAACAACAAUGACAACAACCUCAACAGUGUCGACGUAAAUAGCAUGAAUAUGAACAACAACAUGGUGAUGGGCAAGAUGUCGGGCUGGAGCUGGCUAGACGAGGUGAUGUCCUCGCGGCUGGAGGCGAUCUGGAGGUGGAGCAAGGCCAUCGCGCGGCACCACCCGACGUGCAUCACCAGGCUCGUCUGUGAAACGCAUCGGAUGAGCGACCACCACUCGGGCCUCACCUAUCUGGUGACCACUUUCCUAAGUUCGGCGUCCAGCUUCCUGUUAGCCGAGGCGUUCCAGCCGCAGCUGUCGCUGUCGGAUGUCACCGAGGCGGCGCGCUUCGGCCGCCAGCGGCACAACUGCUACCCGCUCCAGUGUCGGCUUCUGUGACGGCGACAAGCUCGGCAGGCGGGCACGCCGACGCCGACACGAGCUAGGACGCGCCCUCCCGCACGCUGCAGUCGUGGAACAUCGGGUCACCCGGGAGUUCUCGAGAAUGUUUGUAAGGAGGCAGACCGUGAGGUGGCACUGAUGGCAAGAAACAGCAAUAACACCCAGCAGGGCUACGUCUGGUUGCGUAUCGGUGAAUCCCUGGCAACACGGACCUGUACCGGCAGAACUCCGCGAACCACACGUUCACGUUGUACUCGUCGAUCAGUGGAUGUGUGAGGCGUUCAGCCGCACAGCUCAGCUGUGGUGCUCGUCCCCAGCUUCUCCCAAAAGUUCCUCAGCCGUUGUCCCUCGUGUCGCUGCUGUUUUGCAUCUGAAUAUUGUACCGGGCUACUGUCAAUGCAUACCGGGCUGUCGCAUAAUUGAUGCAAUCUGCGUGAUUGCCGUUGUUCGUCUCUCUGGCGGCGGCGAAUGGACAGAUAGCGAG